AGGAUUUUGGAGGUUGGCGGACUUCGCUCAGUAGAGGUGUUACUCUGCUCCGCUUAGUAUCAAGGUGAGAACCCUGAAUAAGGACCUAGGGACCCCUGACUCCAGAACAGUGGGGUCCCAGCGUGUCACCCGCUGCUGUCAGCCCUUGGAGACCCCGAGCGGGGUGUGGCUGAGCCUCACUUCCGCUUUGAAAGUGAGGCUGUUGGCCUGACGGGUGCAAUAGCUUCAGUCAGGUUCGUGGCCUAGCGUCAAUCUUAGAACUGAUCCGGAGUAAAGGCAGGGCUGUGGCUCACACUUGUAAUCCCAACAUUUUGGGCGGACGAAGCCAGCCUCAUCGCUUAAGCACAGGAGUUCGCGGACUGGGAGGCAGGGCUCUGGCUCACGCUUGUAAUCCCAACAUUUUGGGAGGACGAAACCAGCCUCAUCGCUUAAGCACAGGAGUUCGCUGACUGGGAGGUGGAGGUUGUGGCAGGGCUCUGGCUCACGCUUGUAAUCCCAACAUUUUGGGAGGACGAAACCAGCCUCAUCGCUUAAGCACAGGAGUUCGCUGACUGGGAGGUGGAGGUUGUGGUGCCUGUAUCACCUGCCCUUCUGCUGACACUCCUGCCUGCUGUUCCUGACUACAGCCAUCAUGCCUCGGGGUCGGAAGAGUAAGCUCCAUGCACGUAAGAAACGCCAGCAGACCCGGGGUCAGACCCAGGAUCACCAGGGUGCUCAGAUCACUGCAACUAACAAGAAAAAAGUAUCCUUUUCAUCCCCUCUUAUUUUGGGGGCUACUAUCCAGAAAAAGUCUGCUGGUAGGUCACGUAGUGCUCUCAAGAAGCCUCAGAGAGCACUAUCCACCACUACAUCUGUAGCUGUUUCUUACAAAAAGUCAUACAAGGGAGCCAACAGCAAAAUUGAGAAAAAGCAAAGCUUCUCUCAGGGUCUAUCCUGCACUGUGCGGUCUCGCACAGACCCUCUAACCAUGAAGACAAAUAUGUUGGUGCAGUUCCUGAUGGAAAUGUACAAGAUGAAAAAGCCCAUUAUGAAAGCAGAUAUGCUAAAAAUUGUCCAAAAAAGCCAUAAGAAUCGCUUCCCUGAGAUCCUUAAAAAAGCUUCUUUCAACAUGGAGGUGGUAUUUGGUGUUGAUUUAAAGAAAGUUGAUUCUACCAAGGACUCCUAUGUCCUUGUCAGCAAAAUGGAUCUCCCCAACAAUGGGACAGUGACUCGUGGGAGGGGAUUUCCCAAGACAGGUCUCCUGCUGAAUCUCCUGGGCGUGAUCUUCAUGAAGGGCAACUGUGCCACUGAGGAGAAGAUCUGGGAAUUCCUGAAUAAGAUGAGAAUAUAUGAUGGGAAGAAACACUUCAUAUUUGGGGAGCCCAGAAAGCUCAUCACCCAAGAUUUGGUGAAGCUUAAAUACCUGGAGUACCGACAAGUGCCCAACAGUAAUCCUGCACGCUAUGAAUUCCUGUGGGGUCCAAGAGCCCAUGCUGAAACCAGCAAGAUGAAGGUCCUGGAGUUUUGGGCCAAGGUCAAUCAAACUGUCCCCAGUGCGUUCCAGUUCUGGUAUGAAGAGGCUUUGAGAGAUGAGGAAGAAAGAGUCCAAGCUGCAGCUAUGCUCAAUGAUGGCAGUAGUGCCAUGGGCAGAAAGUGUUCCAAGGCCAAGGCUAGCAGCUCUUCCCACGCCUAGUGAAGUUGAAGCAAAUUUUGCAUUUUAUGGUUAAAGAGGGCAGUCACUGUUCCAAGGAGUGAAGGACUGGGUGUUACUGGAGGGAACACACUGUAUAAUACCUUUUGUUUCUGUUCUAAAUGGAUAAUUUGAAGUUUUAUCUGUAUUUUGGGGCAUAUUUUUCAAAUGUUCCUUUUAUUUAACAUUGUAAUCUAAGUUUAGGAUUGAUAUUGGUCACAUUUGUUGUUUAAGAGUAAAAAUUUUGCUGUUUUGUAAAACAGAUUGAGAAAAAUUCGAUCUUAUUUAGUGAUCUGUUGCAAGAUAACUUGGAAUUAGAAUAAGCAUUUCCUUGAAAAUGUUAAAAAAAAAAGUCAGCAGUAAAAUGUAUGGCAUUAAGAAAUAGAGAAAGAGUGUAAGACGGUCAAUAUUUGGUUUCCUAAAUGCUUUUACUCUGUGUUUUAAGAAAAUGAAAGAUAAAUAACCAUAUAUGUCUGGCUUACUUAAGAAUGUAGAAUUAAAUCAUAAUAAAUUAGACCUCAUGCUGACACACUCAUUCUCCAAGUGUUAACUGAGCAUCUGCUCUUGGAAGGAUCCAUGCUAAUACUGGGAGGGCUAAGAAAAAGAAGACCUAGCAACUGACCUUAAAAUUAUAAGGUCGAGAAGCAGCUAUCAUCUAAGGAAAAUGGUGAUAUACACUCUAAGACCAAAAGGAUACAUGAUAAGAAGGGAGGGAGGUGGUUCCACAUGAGAACAGUCAAGUAUGAAUUAUCUAAUCAAGGCGGUGUUGGGCCUAAGGAAAGUGCAGGUCCCUCAAUGGGUGUUAAUCUAAGUGAGGCUCCAUGGUGGGCUGGAUGAGGCUGUGGGAAUGGCGAGCAGGGGCCAGACUCUUAGAAGUUGCCUCUCACGCAGUGGCGGGCGCCUGUAGUCCCAGCUACUCGGGAGGCUGAGGCAGGAGAAUGGCGUGAACCUGGGAGGCAGAGCUUGCAGUGAGCCGAGAUUGUGCCACUGCAGUCCGGCCUGGGCUAAAGAGCGGGACUCCGUCUC